GGUCUUGCGUAAGAUCUUGGGUACAAAAAUGUCCUGAGAUCUUGUACCCAUUUUUUCAAGAUCUAGUGCCAAAUCUUAACGUAAGAUCUUGGGCAAGAUCUUGGUUUCAAGAUGUUGGACUAGGGAAGAAAUAACUUUGCAACCAUUAAUGUCUGUUAAUCCGUACGACAUUCUACGAUCACCGGACGAAAUGGACAAUAUUACUAGUCCACCAACAGAGACUAGAAAAGCUCGACUUCCAAAACGAAACUUACCGCUUCAUCCAUCAUUACGACCACAAAUUAAUAACUAUAGUAAUCGGAGAACACAAUCAGCGUACAAUAUUGAAAAACAAUCAAAUGGAAAUAAUACUAGGCAAGUACAAAAAAUUAGUUCAAACGAACGUAGUGGUGAAAGCGAUAUCGACGAGAUAAUUUCAUCCUAA